CAUAAAAAAAAUAAUUCAACCUUUUGCUUUACUAUGAGUUUUUACUUGCUUCAUUUUACCUUCUAGUUCCUUUGUCCCAAAACGGUGAUUAGGAGUACGAGGGUCAAAUCAUUCAAUCCUUGGUAAAAGUUUGAACAACAAUUCUUUAAAUCAUGAAGUCGUGAUUUUUUUUAAAGAAAUGUUUGAAAUUAUUAUAGUCUGAUUAUGCGACCUCAAAUAGGAAGUGUAUUAUAUGUAAAAUGGGUCCCCUAAGAGGAGUACUUCUUUUAAAGGUUAAUUGGGAUUAUGCUAGUUGGUUUUGGUGGCAAUCGUAGAGCUUUGUCUAUUGUAGUGAGGAAAAGGAGAGGAAACGGUCUUUAUGGUUUUAGCUGUUGAAGAGGGCAAGUAAGCAGAAGUUUAAUUGUGUUUAUCGUUCUUGGAUAGCCUGACUUGCCGUGUUAGCUGUCCUGAUAUUCUUGUAGUUGUAGCUUUGGAGUCGACCAUGUGAUGAAGAUUGUACCCAGGCCUUCUUAAUAUACCUGCUUAUUCUAAACAUUGCCAGAUUCAACUCUUUUUUCUACAAACAUGUCUGUGUUACCGAAAAGUGAUUCUAUCCAAAUUAGAGAGGUAUGGAGCGAUAAUCUUGAGGAGGAAUUUGCUUUGAUCCGUGAAAUUGUGGAUGCCUAUCCUUACAUUGCCAUGGACACCGAGUUCCCUGGGGUGGUGCUUCGCCCUGUUGGCAAUUUCAAGCAUAUCAAUGAGUAUAACUAUCAGACCUUGAAGGAUAAUGUUGAUAUGUUGAAGUUGAUUCAGUUGGGUCUUACAUUUUCCGAUGAAAAUGGAAACUUACCUACUUGUGGAAGCGAGCGCUAUUGCAUUUGGCAAUUCAACUUCCGUGAAUUUGACACAAGUGCAGAUAUUUUUGCAAAUGAUUCAAUUGAAUUGCUGAUGCAAUCUGGGAUUGAUUUCAAGAAGAACAAUGAAAUGGGAAUUGAUGCAAAACGGUUUGGUGAGCUCUUGAUGUCAUCUGGAAUCGUUUUGAAUGACGGGGUCCAUUGGGUGACAUUUCACAGUGGGUAUGAUUUUGGAUACUUGCUCAAGCUAUUAACAUGUAGGACUUUGCCGGAAACACAAGCAGGGUUCUUUGAUUUGCUAAACGUGUACUUUCCACUGGUUUAUGACAUCAAACACCUGAUGAAGUUCUGUAAUAGCCUUCACGGUGGCUUGAACAAGCUGGCGGAACUGUUGGAACUCGAGAGAAUUGGUAUUUGUCAUCAGGCAGGUUCAGAUAGCUUACUAACCUCGUGUGCCUUCAAGAAGUUAAAAGAUAACUUCUUUAAUGGCGCUACUGAGAAGUAUGCAGGUGUCCUGUAUGGUCUCGGUGUCGAGUAUGGAUCUGAUAAUAAAUAGAUUGACUGUGUGUACUUACUGGAAAAUAAAAUAGAGAAGGGGGUUCAGUGUAUGUCGAGCUGGGUAGGUUAUGUAUCAUGUGUCUGUAAGAAAUUAAUUGUGAUAAAGUAUUUGUAAGACAGUUUGGACUUUCACUGAGGGUACACUCAGUUUCUAAUCAUUGUUUAUUCAGCUUUGAGCUUUUAAGCUAUACAAAGGUUUCUGUUUCGUUCUU